UCGCGACGGGUUUUCUUUAUUCUAGGGCCUUGACAUCUUCAGCCCUGAGCAGAUGUGCGGCGAGUUGGCUCUAGGUGAUUUGCUAGAUAAUUGUCGGUAAUUGUAGGGUGUUGGGCUGUGUCUGCGGCGGGUAGCUCGGCACCAUGCGGCUGGGUCUGGCGGUGAGCCUGCUGCUCUGCCUGUCGGCCGAGGCAGCCGUCAGCCACCGACACGUGGGCCAGCACGAGCGCGAGGCCGACGGCGCCUUCAGCCCGCGCGACAAACACCACCUGGAGGACGACGAGCAUGACGACCAGUUCGACCACGAGGCCAUCCUGGGGAGUCACAAGGAUGCAGAGGAGUUUGAUGACCUGGAACCUGAGGAAGCCAAACAGCGUCUGGGCGUCCUGUUGGAGAAGAUGGACAAGGACGGUGACAAGCAGAUAAGCCGUGAGGAGCUGAAACAGUGGAUACUACGCUCGUUCAAACUGCUGUCGGAGGAGGAGUCGGCCGAGCGCUGGGAGGAGGUGGACGAGGACAGCGACGAUCAGAUCACCUGGAAGGAGUACGCCGCCGAGACCUACGGCUCCAAGGACGACGACGACGAUGAUGAACUGAGCGCCGACGACAAGGAGGAGGAGGACAAGCUGAUGAGCGAGGACCGGCGGCUGUUCCUGGCGGCGGACCGGGAUGGCGACGGCGCGCUGCAGCGCUCCGAGUUCCUGUCGUUCUCGCACCCGGAGGAGGACCCGCGCAUGAUCCCCGUGGUGGUGGACCACACCUUGCUGGAAAAGGACCUCGACAAGGACGGCUACAUCAGCUUCCAGGAGUUCGUGGGCGAGCAGGCCAAGGACAAGGACCAGGCCUGGCUGGAGGCGGAAAAGGACAAGUUCGACAGCGACUACGACAAGGACCGCGACGGCCGCCUGGACCGGGACGAAGUGCAGGCCUGGGUGUUGCCCUCCAACACGGAGAUCGCGGACGACGAGGUGGACCACCUGUUCGCGUCGGCCGACGACGACGUGGACGACGCGCUCAGCUUCCAGGAGGUGCUGGAGCACCACGACGUGUUCGUCGGCAGCGAGGCCACCGACUACGGCGAGCACCUCACCAACCUGCACAAGUUCGACGACGAGCUAUGACGCGGCCGGUCGGACGGGACUGCAGCGCCGGCCGCGCCGCGACCGCCGGCCGAUCGACAUGUGUCGGGCCGCGGGCGCCGGCGGGUCGCCGCCGGUUACCGCUGAACGUGCCAUACGGGGACUCCGGGGAGUCCGAGUCGCAGCUGGAGGGACUCGGCG